AUGCAUCGUGCUGCGAGAGUCUCUUGCCAGUCUUGCCAGCCAUGGCUGCGGUCUGGUGUUGACGUUGUCGUCGACCAUUACCAAGCAGUUAUUUCCACCCCACUAACGAGUACACCAACAGACGUCGACCGACUCGAGCAAUUCUGUCGGAACCCCCUUCCCCUACGUCUUGUUCAUACCACGGUCGAGCGCUUCCUUGCAAGGACGGUGCCCGUCAACACUGAUAUAUGGGAUUUCCCCUCAGGUUUAGAAGCCUUUGUGCGGCAUCUACUGUUAUGGGCCGACAUAAGCGGAGCUGUUUUCUGCGUUGGUCUAAUCUACCUAGAGCGGGCUGCUGCGCGCGGGCGACAAGAGACUCCGCUGACUGAGAUGGGACGGCGUCUUCGGGUCCUGGCGGCAAUCAUCCUUGCUCGGAAGCAUCUUGAAGACGACACAUACGAUACGCGGUUUUGGGUUGGCGUGACGGCUGGGACUUGUUCGUCUUAUUUUACAAACGAUGAUAUUAAUGAUGCUGAGGCAAGGCUUCUGAAUGAUAUCAUUUGGGAUCUGAGUAUAGACAUUCAGGAAAUGUACGUAAAGAUCAAACUGAUCUGCGACCCAGACACCAUUUCGAUUUCAGGUUAUAGGCGACUUUAA